AUGAACACGUUGCUAAUGAAAUGGAAGGGCGCUUUUUGUUCUAUGGCUGUUAUGUUCAAUGUCUGCGUGCUGGUUAAGGGAUGGCAACAGGGUGUUUCGGAUAACGGAUCAGUAUCUGAGCUACGCACACCCAGCUGGACUAUAGGACUCAAAGCGGCUUCCGUAGCUCUGUCUACUGCUGCUUAUAUGGCACAUAUACUCACGAUGGUUCUCCACAUUGGAUCAAUCAAGGGAUACAUGGUUGCGGUGAUAGGCUGGUUCGCCUCCGCUGUUAUCCUAUUCGGCCUCAUUGGCGUUGAGGUCCGAAAGCAUCGGCAAGUCCAUGGCCACGAAGCUUACGUAUAUACCGAAAAUUUUUUCGCCGGGAUUAUAUCCGCUAGUCUCUAUGUUCUGAUAGCAGGACUCGUCUCUAUCUAUAUGAUCAGCGUACUAGUGUCCCCAUUCAAUCCGGCAGAUAGGCGAAAGAUUGAAUGUACAAGCAUCGUGUUCCGGAUUACAACUUUUAUGAUCCUGCUUCUCAGUGGAGCUGCAGUGUUUAGCACCAUUGAAGGCUGGUCGUUAAUGGAUGCUCUCUACUUUACUGACUACACCCUCCUAACCAUUGGUCUUGGAAAUCUAGUCCCCAAAACUCAUCUAGGCCGCAGCCUGCUGUUUCCCUACGCUACUUUGGGUAUCACAAGCUUGGGUUUCAUUGUCACCGCUGUGGCAUCCUUUACGGAUCAGAUGAGGGAGUUGAAGCUCAAUUGCAAAAUUGAGGAAGCUCUUAGGGAGGAUGAUAACAUAGCUUCCUUGCAGAACACAGUAGAUAGUUUAUCAACAGCCGACAGAGCUCAUUCACAAACCACUUUAGUCAAAAAUCGUAUCUGCAAGGGCGAAGGGAUCACCAAAGUACGCAACGUCAAAUCUGCAUUCUAUAAAAGGAGGUGGCUCGAGCUGGGGUUAUUCUUAGCUGCAUGGUUCGUCCUGUGGUUCGUCAGUGCGGGUGUUUUUCGUCAAUCCGAACAGGAAGAAAAUUGGACAUAUUUCAUUUCCCUAUAUUUCACCUACACAUCCCUCACUACGAUCGGGUAUGGGGACUACUUUCCCACAAGCAAUUCCGGAACGGUUUUCUUCAUUUUCUGGUCAUUACUUGCCAUACCGAUUCUGACAAAUCUCGUCACUGCUAUAGGAAAACUUAUUCAUAUAUGGCUAGUUUUCUGCUCUGACUGGAUCUGGUGGCAUGCGUUUCGUAGAAGGCACCCAAGAGAGCAUCAUGACCACAAGAACGUCUGUACUUACCCGGAUACAUUGGGCUUAGAUGCGACAAAUAAAUCGUCAAAACUAAAGUCACGAGAUUCUGAUCACGAUAUUGAGAGCCAGGCCCAAGGUGAUUUUGAGACCAAGAAAGUCUCACCGCCUGCGCAGGAGAGUAAUAAACAAAGAAAUCUGGUUGGGAACGAGCUAUCUGGGAAGGCUUCGACGCAAUAUCAACUAUUGCUCUCAGAAGAGAUCGGAAACCUUAAAAACUCAUGA